AAAAAACCUUUAUUGUCAAUAAAGAUUGUCAAUGUCAAUAUUGAUGUGUCUGUCUUUUGUCCGCAAUUAACAGAAAACAGAUGUCAAUCAAGCUGAAAGUUUUGAGGAACCUUUAUCUUAGACCAGACAAUAUAACACAAGGUAACUGUCAGAAGGAUAUUUUGAAGAAUGCUGUUUUGACUGAGGAUGAUUAUUUUGUUGCUCCACCUGGAAACAUACCCUUACAUGAAGUACAAUCAGAAGAUAGUUCAAGCCACGAAGUAAAGAAGAAAAUAUCAGAAAAUGAAAACUAAACUACAAAAUAUUCUUAACAUGAAAAUCUUUUUUAGGAUAGUAGAUCAAAAUAGUGAUAUGAUAAAAUAUACUUUAGAAAAACCAGGGUUAUUACUAAUAUACAAUAUUUACAAAAACUGGUUGAGAUUUUUAAAUUCUAAAACUUCUAAAAGUAUGACAGUGUUUAACAAAGAAAAGUACUUUCAAGAGAAAAAUAAUCUCAAAUUGCCUGCUGGAUUUCUUGACUACAAGCUCCCAGACUAUAAUAGAACCAUAUUGGCAUACCAUCUUACUAAAUGCACCCCUGUUAAUGAUACCAAACUUAAUUUUAAAAUAGUGUUCCCAAAACAGGAUUUCAUGCAAUAUUUUAUUCAAUGGCAGCGAUACAGAAAGUUCUGGUGGAGUUCUAUAACUACUACGCCCAGUCUUUUUAGUGUGAAUGAUAUCAAAUAUCUUGAUGAAUUGGCUAAAGUAGAUGUCAUUGCCCAAUAUCCAUGGGGCACACAAGCUGUGGAAACUUUACAAAUCAUACCCAGUGGGACAAUGGCAAAAAACUCUUCAUGUUUGACUUGUGCAAUGUCACUAGAGGGAACUUUGUUGUAUAUCUUACAAGAUGCAUUAACAAACCAAAAUAAAGAGGAGUAUUUAAGAUUACACAGGAGCUUGGCGCCAUAUAAAAUAUCUUUUGCUUUAAAUUAUGGAGAAACAAAUAACAAGAAACUAUUAUAUGAACUGGCAAAGUUAUUGCACCUCAGACUAAAAAUGAAAAAUAUAUCUACUUGGUUGUCAGACUGGUCUCUUACUUCAGAAUUACAGAUUAAACAAAACUUGCAAAUGGGUGUGACCUACACAGCUAUUCUGAAUGAGCAAACACUUGAAAAUGGCAUAUUUCAGUUAUUAAAUAGCAGUACCAUGUUGAAGGAAGAGGUGCACAUUUCCGACUUCGACGAAUAUGCAACGUUAAUAUUCAAAACUUAAAGAGUUAUAUGUUAUUAAACAGUUGUCUAAAUAAAAGAUUAGUCACUUGAAAUUUUAAUUUAUUCCAGAAUCUUAUUGCAAACAAUUACAUUACGUUCUUAUAAUUAAUUAAAUGUAAAAAAUAUGCUUUGUUUGAUCUUCCAUGAUAACCAAUAGUGGACUACUGAUAGAAUUUUGAUAAAAAUUGCCAACAAUGAAAUUCCAUUGUUAUCUGCGGUUAUGAUCAAUAUUAUAUAAUAGUAAUUUGCUAGACAAGUUUGAAUAUUUCAUUGCUAAGUAACACACAAAUACACUCGUGUUUGGUCGGCAAAUACGGCUGGGUCUGGUAAAAAUAA